UUCAUAUUGUUAAUUUAAUGAAAGUUUUCUGGUGUUUCGAUAAAAGCGUAUUUUUCAAACGAUACUUCGUGGUUUUGUUUUGCUGUUAUUUUCCGCCUUCUGACGUUUUUCGAAUCGUUUUUAAUACUUUUCUUCUUUUAUUAGAAAUUUUAAAUAAUUAUUUGCUUUUUUUAAAAUUUAAAAAAUUUGUUCGAAAAGUUGUAUUUAAAAUUUUAUACCUUUUUUUUAAAAAAUUAAAUAAAAAUAUUUUAAACUUUUUAAUGUUUUUAAAAGUUAGUUUAAAAAAGUUUUUGGUUUUAAAAAGUUUUUGUUUAAAAAAGUUUUUGGCAUUUUGUUUUUUAUUAUUCAAUACUUCUUUUCAACAUGGUAUAUAAGCAAAACUAAUUUGCAUAAAUUCAUUUUACUUGUCAUUUCUUCUUUUUUGAGCGUUCCUUUUCCUCGUUCUUUUUUUUUUAUCUUUGUAUUCAAAUUGUUUCUAUGUAUAUGUUUAUUUCC